UAAUAAUGUUUUGAUAAAUGGGUGACAUAUAUUUGAAAUUUAUUUUGGAGACUAAUUUUUUUCUCAAAUUUUCAGUGAAGUUGUAAUGUGUUCCAAUAAUAUAUUCAUGUACCUAUUAAAAUUGAAUAAGGGAUUGAUUUUUUGAAAAUUCCUUUGUCCUCAAUCUUUUCUUGUAGUGGUGUAAAUAAUAUAAGUGCAUCAUUUGAAUAUAAUCAAAUGAUUGUAUUCCGUUGAUUAGUUGUACACCUAAGAUUGAUACAAAAUAUUUCAUAUCCAAAAAACAAUUAUCAAUAAUGAAUGCAGUGAGAUUUGUUCCAAAAGAUGGUCUUAAAAAAUCACCUGAAGACAUUGAAACUUUUAGGGUACAAAUACAGAGAAUUGAUGGCUCUACCGUUAAAGUGCCAAACGAUUUUUCAUAUGUUGAUGUUACGGUACCGGAAGGAAACUUCAAUAUCAUAAAAAACACCUCGGAUACCUUGGGAUUUGAACCACUCAUUAAUCAAAAACUAUCUCAGAAUGAAAGGAUAACAACAUAUUCCCGUUCGGCGGGAGACUAUUCGGGUAGUACAAAAUCUGCGGAGUCUGAUGAUGGUACUGUGCGAAUAAAUAUAAUUGGAAUGACGUGCAUGUCGUGUGUGAGAAAUAUUGAAGGAACAAUCAGUAAGAGACCAGGGAUAUAUAGUAUUAAAGUAAAUUUGCAAGAAAAAUAUGGAUUAGUGAAUUAUGACCCCACUACUGUGACUCCCCAAGAAAUAUGUGAAUACAUUGAAGAUAUGGGAUUCGAUGCGUCAUUACCAUUAUUGUCAGAUGAUAAAGAAGUCAGUUCGUGUUUUAUAGAUAUUAGGGGUAUGACGUGUAACUCUUGUGUUCAAAGUAUAGAAGGAAUGUUGUCGACAAGGGAUGGCGUGAAAAUGAUUAAAGUCAAUUUGAAGGAAAACGAAGGAUAUGUGGAAUAUUUGAAAAAUAAAGUUUCUCCAGAACAAAUUGCAGAGCAAAUAGAAGAUAUGGGCUUUGAAGCUUAUGUAAAAUCUGUUGAUGGUAAAAUCAUAGCUAAAAAUUUAAAAUCUGAAAUCGAAUCUAAGUCGCCGUCAAAAAGAGGCGCUGGCGGAGAUGCUGAUGUGGAUAAAAAUUUGAAAAAAUGUAAUUUACAAGUGAAAGGCAUGACCUGUGGAUCUUGUGUAGCUGCAAUAGAGAAGCAUGUACAAAAAUUGCCUGGGUGUCACAAAGUGUUAGUUAACCUUCUGGCAGCCAGAGCCGAGGUUCAGUAUGACUCUUCUUUAACCACUCCUUCCGAUAUAGCAUCUUCCAUAACGGAUCUCGGGUUCCCAGCAACGGUUCUUCAACAGUCUCAAGCUGGAGAAUCUGAAACCGAUAUCGAAAUAUCAGGAAUGACAUGCGCUAGCUGCGUGCACAAAAUCGAAUCAAAUAUCCAUAAACUUCCAGGUAUCACAAGUGCAAAGGUUGCUCUCGCUACGCAUAGGGGAAGAUUCAAAUAUGAUUCAGAAUUAACAGGACCUAGAGAUAUCAUCGAGGCCAUAAGAGCCCUUGGAUUUGAGGCAAAGUUAUUUAGUAGGGACAGCGGAAAUGAUUACUUAGAACAGAAGGAAGAGAUAAAGAGAUGGAAAAGAAGUUUUUUAUUCUCCCUAGCAUUUGGAGGGCCGUGUAUGAUCGCUAUGAUAUAUUUCAUGGCACAGAUGUCCUCUGGAAACAUGUCUCAUGAAGAUAUGUGUUGCUUGGUACCAGGUUUAUCACUAGAGAAUUUUAUACUUUGGAUUCUGUCAACGCCGGUCCUUAUAUUUGGUGGCAAACAUUUCUUUGUACAAGCUUACAAAGCUUUGAAACAUAAAACGAGUAAUAUGGAUGUACUUAUAGCAAUGGCUACUUCGAUCUCCUAUGCUUAUAGUGUAUGUGUUGUGAUAGCUGCAAUGGUACUUCAACAGAACACUUCUCCACAAACAUUUUUUGAUACGCCUCCAAUGUUACUCGUUUUCAUAAGCUUAGGAAGAUGGUUGGAACAUAUUGCGAAGGGAAAGACAUCGGAGGCUCUCAGUAGAUUACUUUCCUUGAAGGCUACUGAUGCGAUAUUGAUAAGUCUCGGAAAAAAUGGCGAAGUGAUCAGUGAAGAACUGGUAAAUGUAGAUUUGGUACAAAGAGGAGAUAUAAUGAAGGUGGUACCAGGUGCUAAAGUUCCAGUGGAUGGUAAAGUUCUACAGGGACAAUCUAUGUGUGAUGAGAGUCUUAUAACUGGCGAAAGUAUGCCAGUCCCGAAAAAAAUUGGCAGUACAGUCAUAGGUGGCUCCAUAAACCAGCAUGGUUUACUUAUAGUAGAAGCAACACAUACAGGAGAAGCAACAACUCUUUCUCAAAUAGUAAAACUUGUUGAAGAAGCUCAGACCUCGAAAGCUCCGAUACAACAACUGGCCGACAAAAUUGCCGGCUACUUCGUACCUGCUGUGGUUUUACUAUCAUUACUCACCCUUAUAAUUUGGUCAAUUGUAGGUGCAAUCGAUAUAAAUAAUUUACCAAUCAACGAAUCAGAAAAACAUGGAUUCAAUAACACAGAAAUCAUUCUCCAAUUUGUUUUUCGUUGUGCCUUGAGUGUAUUGGCUAUCGCUUGUCCAUGUGCUUUGGGAUUGGCUACACCUACUGCUGUCAUGGUAGGAACAGGAGUGGGUGCUAUAAAUGGAAUUUUGAUAAAAGGUGCUGAACCUCUUGAAAACGCUCAUAAAGUUAAAGCUAUAAUGUUUGACAAGACUGGUACAAUCACAAAAGGAGCUCUAGAAGUGGCAAAAAUUUGGAUACAGUGUGACAGCUUAAAUCCAGCUGUCAUACUUGCUGCAUUAGGUUCUGCUGAAGCGAAUUCGGAACAUCCAAUAGCUACUGCGAUAAUAAAAUAUGUCCGAGAGGCUCUGGGUACAGAAUCAACAGGUAGUUCAAGUAAUUUUCAGUCUGUACCAGGUUGUGGAAUGAAAUGUACAGUUUCCAAUCUUUCCGGCAUUAUUACCAAGGCUGAAGAUAGCACAGAGCUGAAUAAUUUUGUCAACCUAGUCAACGCAGGAAGUUCGGGUUUAUUUACUGUUAAGGGAGUUCAGAUCGAAGUUAGUCAUUCUCAAAAUAUGAAAUUGGGUCAGCUGAUCGGAAUGAGUUCUUCAUUGGAAAAUGAUUCAGGAAACUAUGAGGUUAUUGUUGGAAACAGGGAGUGGAUGAGUAGAAAUGGUUUCAUCAUAGCUACACACAUUGAUAGAAAUAUGACUGUUGAAGAGGAGCAAGGAAGAUCUGCAGUACUUUGUGCAAUAAAUGGUAGUAUCGUAGCAAUGUUGAGUGUAGCAGACACAGUCAAACCAGAAGCACAUCUAGCUGUAUACACUUUGAAAAAAAUGGGCUUGGAAGUGAUCCUUCUGACUGGUGACAACAGACAAACAGCUGCAAGCAUAGCUAAACAAGUUGGUAUAACAAGGAUCUAUGCAGAAGUUCUUCCGUCCCAUAAAGUAGCAAGGGUGCAAAGGUUGCAAGCCAAAGGUCUCAAGGUGUGCAUGGUUGGCGAUGGUAUUAAUGAUUCGCCUGCUCUAGCACAAGCCGAUGUUGGAAUAGCUAUUGCCUCGGGUACUGAUGUUGCAGUUGAGGCAGCACAUGUGGUACUCAUGAGAAACGAUCUUUUAGAUGUUGUCGCUUGUUUGGAACUUUCUCGAAAAACUGUCAAUCGAAUAAGAUUAAAUUUUUUCUUUGCAAGUGUUUACAAUGUCAUAGGUAUUCCCCUAGCAGCAGGGGCCUUCAGCAUGAUAGGAUUUAUGCUAGCCCCAUGGAUGGCAAGUGCUGCAAUGGCUCUGAGUUCUGUUUCUGUGGUUUGUUCCAGUUUGUUACUUAAGUUAUGGUCUAAAUCAACCAAAAAAGAUCUCGAAACAGCAGAUUACUUGGCCAGUAAAGAGAGUACCAGUUUAGAUACCAUAUCUAUUCAUCGAGGACUAGAUGAUAUUGAAGAAAUUAAUGGAAGUCCAACCAAGUUUUCAAGGUAUAAUAGUCUGGUACAAAAUCCAUGAAAAUAUUAAAUACUGAUUGAAUUAUUGAGUCAUAGACUUACUAGUUACCAAAGUUGGGGAUUAUUUUAUAAAACUUUAUAAAUUACAAUCAUUUCAUUUUUUCAUUGAAUAUUUUCAGCCAUUUUUUUUCACUCUCAUUUCAGAAAUCUCUCGCAAAUAGAGUUGACUUCAAAUGUAAAAGCUACACAAGCAUAGUGAGUUUGUGUAUUUUUAUGCUUAUUCAUUCACUUUUCAUAUUAUUUGCCACUAUUUUAUCUGUGAUUUUCGUCUAGUUUCAUUGUUGAACUUAUUAUAACAGCAUGAAGUGUU